CGCCUGCGACGCUACUCAGACGUGAUGGCGCUGCCGGACUCCUUCAUCCAGCACCAGCAGCUUGACGCCAGCAUGGCUGACACCUUCCUGGAGCAUCUGUGUCUGCUGGACAUCGACCAGGAGCCAAUCACAGCACGCAACACCAGCAUAAUCUGCACCAUCGGUCCUGCGUCCCGAUCGAUCCCCAAACUCCAGGAGAUGGUGAAGGCCGGGAUGAAUAUCGCUCGCCUUAACUUCUCUCACGGCUCGCAUGAGUACCAUGGCGAAACCAUCAAAAACAUCAGGGAGGCGGUGGAGACAAUAACCUCUGACCCCCUGUAUUAUCGACCGGUUGCCAUCGCUUUGGAUACAAAGGGUCCAGAGAUCCGCACCGGAUUGGUGAAAGGGAAAGUGGAAGAAGAGGUGGAGCUGAAGAAGGGUAGCGUUGUGCGCGUGGUGACGGCAGAGAAAGACAGGGACAACACAGACGGGGAGAUUAUCUGGGUGGACUAUCCAAACCUGCCCAAAGUCCUGGAGAAGCACACCAAGAUCUUCAUCGACGACGGUCUGAUUGCGCUCAAAGUCUUAGAAAUAGGCAGCGACUGGGUGGAGACGGUGGUGGAGGCCGGCGGCGUGCUGUGCAGCCGUAAAGGCGUUAACCUCCCCGGCUGCGAUCUCAUCGGCCUCCAGGCGGUGAGCGCGCAGGACGAGGCCGACCUGCGGUUCGGCGUGGCGCAGGGCAUCGACAUGGUGUUCGCCAGCUUCAUCCGCUCGGCCGAGGACGUCAAGGACGUGCGACGAGCCCUGGGGCCGCAGGGGCAAGACAUUAAAGUCAUCAGCAAGGUGGAAAGCCGGCAAGGAGUUCAGAACUUUGAGCAGAUCCUGGCUGAGAGUGACGGCGUGAUGGUUGCCAGAGGCGACCUGGGGAUUGAGAUUCCUGCAGAGAAAGUCUUCAUCGCUCAGAAGAUGAUGAUUGGGCGCUGCAAUUCCGCCGGAAAGCCCGUCAUCUGUGCCACACAGAUGCUUGAAAGCAUGGUGGCCUACGCACGGCCAACCAGAGCGGAGAGCAGUGACGUCGCCAACGCAGUGCUGGACGGAGCCGACUGUGUAAUGUUAUCUGGAGAGACCGCCAAGGGACUGUUCCCUGUGGAGGCUGUGGCCAUGAUGCACUCGAUCUGCAGAGAGGCGGAGGCAGCCAUUUUCCACCAGCAGCUCUUUGAAGAGUUGCGCCGCCUCACCCCCCUGUCCUCUGACCCCACAGAGGUCACGGCCAUCGGAGCCGUGGAGUCGUCCUUCAAAUGCUGCGCUGGGGCCAUCAUAGUCCUCACCUCUAAAGGAAGGUCGGCACACCUCCUGUCCAGGUACCGCCCCCGCUGUCCUAUCAUUGCCGUCACUAGAAACCCUCAGGUGGCCCGUCAGUCACAGCUGCUGAGAGGCGUGUUUCCCGUUCUCUUCCACCCUCUGCCUGCUCCCGUCUGGGCCGAUGACGUGGACAGAAGGGUCAACUACGGCAUGGACAUCGGGAAGGCGAGAGGAUUCUUCAAGUCCGGUGACAUGGUGAUCGUGGUGACAGGCUGGAUCCCCGGGUCCAAUCACACCAACAUCAUGAGGGCAGUGAACGUCCCGUAACUCCACUCCCGCUCUCACUGCCACUCUGAAAUGUGUUUUGAAACCACCUCUGAAAUUUAAAUAACAGGCUCUGUCUCAGACAAAAGCAGCGACAGCACUGUUAUCCAAACUGGUGGGUGGUGUAAAGAGGCAUUUACCUCUUGAACUGGCAUCGUAAAUGUUGAAUUUCUGUUUAUAAAAGCAACGACUCCCUUGAAAUAAACUGAUUGAAUGA